UGUCAAAAGACUGACAGAACGAUUUUCCAUACCAACCAUCGCUGGAGAAAAUUCGUGGAAAAUCAGCUGGCAGUCGGGAAGAAAAUUAAGCUUCAGUAUUUUCGCUUGGGGAGGCGUGAAAUUCAAAUUCCAGAGAGUUGUAAAUUUUGAACCGUGAUUGUUAGCAAGUCUACGGAACUGUUGGUGAAACUUUGAGAAGAUUCAGAAACUCUAUAAGCUGUGUUUUAGCUCUCGGAAAAUCCGGUCGGGUUUGACAGCAGGUGAAAAUUCUUCGAAAAUCACCCAUGGCUUCUGCGGCGUAUAGCAGAGUGGACGACUAUCCGAUAGACGACUCGCUGGAAUAUUUCAUCAAAUUUCCCUCCCCAAAUUUCAAAAACGAAGGACAAGGAGCGGAAUCGGAUUACGUCUUCGUUUGCAACGAAACGAACGUUCCCAUCGUAUUGCUCCUGGGAUGGGCCGGAUGCCAGGAUAAAUAUCUGAUGAAGUACUCGAAAAUAUACGAAGACCGAGGCUUGAUAACCAUCCGAUACACGGCUCCGGUUGACAAUCUAUUCUGGAAGCGAACCUCCAUGAGCCAGAUAGGCGAAAAGAUACUGAAGCUAAUCUACGACAUGAACUUCGAUAGUCAUCCCCUGAUUUUCCACGUGUUCUCCAACGGGGGAGCGUUUCUGUAUCAGCACGUGGCCCUGGCCAAUAGGCGCUCGAAAAAGCCGGUGCAAAUCUGCGGAAUGAUAUUCGAUUCGGCCCCCGGCGAUCGCCGAGUGCUGGGACUGUUCCGGGCCGUUUCGGCCAUCCUGGGCAAGGAACGGCGCUGUAACAAGGUGGUGUCGGCGAUCAUGACCAUUGGGUUGAUCUUUCUGUGGGCUUUUGAGGAUUCGUUCAAUUAUUUCCGGAGCUUUAUACGACCCUUCGAGGUACAGACAAACCCUUCGCACAAUUUAAAAUAUGAAAUCAAUGAGUGGCCGCAGCUAUUUCUGUAUUCCAAAGAGGAUAGAUUGAUCCCUUAUACGGACAUUGAGAAGUUCGCUGCCUACCGUCGGAGCUGUGGCGUUGACGUCAAAAUGGUCUGUUUCGAUCGGUCGGAGCAUGUCAAGCACUACAUCCGACACCCCCAGCAGUACGUCUACAGUGUUUGCAAGUUCAUCAACGAUUGUUUAACCACGUACUACAACAAAUAUCACACCUAAGAGGCGAUCAGCAGGCGAUCUCUACUGGAAUGUUGUAGCGAGCAUGUUACGAUCGAACGAAUGCCUUGCAGCCAAAAUAAAUAGUCACGUUUUCAACAGCUCCGUAGCGGAUUUGGAUAUUUCGUUCCAAUAGGGCAAACCAUCAGGUUAGCAAUAGUGUAAGUUUAGGAAACGAAUUCAAUGCAUCUCUCCUUCUUUAGUAUACUACAGAACGCGUGUAUGGUUUGACAAACUACUGGUUGAUUAGUUUGAAGUUUCUAUGACGAAUAGUAGUUUCAUAUUCAACUGGUUUCGUUUUGUUCUGAAAAAAUACGGAGAGAGUUCUAGAAAAUGCACAAAUAUCUUCAGUAUUAUGUUGUUUUUGGUUUAAUGUGCUUAACAACAAAAGUGUCUACGUUUAGGAUGUUAUUUUUAAUUUAAUCAUGUUAAUAAUCAACAAAAUGAAACAUUCGUGCACUUAGCUAAAAGCAAAUAACUAUUCCAUCGUAACUAGUACAUAUUCGUUAUCUUAAGUCAGUAAAACUGUUAUGUGAUAUUAACACUUGGUGCCUCUCGCAUUCGAUGUUUCGUUGAUAUCCCGAUACUCGCGCUGCUGGUUGCUAUUGAUACCACAGACAAAUGGAUGAGGCACUUGAAACAUUAUCGUCACCCAACGCAGUCGACGUAGCAUUAUUGCACAAUCCUAAAACAAAAUGUCUCGCUUAGCGUGAAUUAGGUGGGAGUGGGGUAGAACCGUUCAAUUCAUCUAGAAUGCUUGAAUCGACUGCCGAAUGGGCAUUAUGUUAGAACAUGCGAGAAAAAUCCAGAAUUGGGAAAAGCACACACAAGGUUUUGGCACCGUCUUACGCGAGUACUGGAAGGUUGACCUCCAAAAACUAAAGCAUUUUGUUUUGAUUCAUUGUUUAAAAUAGUUAUAAACCCCAAAAAAACUAUACUUUUAUAGGAAACACAAUUGGUUCAAAUAUACUGUCAUUUUAGCACUGA